AUGACGCAAAAGUCGCGGGCGGAGGAGGCGGUGGGGGCGUGGCCCUCCCCCGCUGCGCGCGCCCCCGACGACCCGGAGUUCGUGGCGCCCAUCCAGAACCUGACGACGCCCGUCGGCCGGGAGGCCGUCUUCGUCUGCUCCGUCAACAACCUCGGCAAGUACAAGGUGGGAUGGCUGCGAGCAGAGGACCAGACGGUGCUGACCCUCCACGACAAGGUGGUGACGCACAACGCGCGCAUCACGUCCACGCACGACAACCAGCGCACGUGGCGGCUGCACAUCCGGCACGUCAAGGAGACGGACCGCGGCUGCUACAUGUGCCAGAUCAACACCAGCGUCAUGAAGAAGCAGCUCGGCUGCCUCGACGUGCACGUGCCGCCGGACAUCGUGAACGACGAGACGAGCACCGACCUGGCGGUGCAGGAGGGCGAGAACGCGACGCUGGUGUGCCGCGCCACCGGACACCCGCCGCCGCGCAUCGCCUGGAGGCGUGAGGACGGACAGCCCAUCCUGCUGCGCCGCGGCCCGCGCGACUCCAUCAAGGUGGACACGUACAACGGGAGCACGCUGCCCUUCUGGCGCAUGGACCGCCGCCAGAUGGGCGCCUUCCUGUGCAUCGCCUCCAACGACGUGCCGCCCGCCGUCAGCAAGCGCGUCACGCUCAACGUCAACUUUGCGCCAUCGGUGCGGGUUCCUAACCAGCUGCUGGGAGCGCCUCUGGGGACUGACGUGCAGCUCGAGUGCUUCGUGGAGGCCUUCCCCAACACCAUCAACUACUGGGUCAAGAACCGCGGCGAGAUGUUGCUAGACGGGCCCAAGUACGCGAUCCGCGAGAGCCGGGCUUCCUACAAGUCCUACAUGUGGCUGGUGAUCCGCAGCUUCAGCCGGUCGGACAUCGGAACCUACAACUGCGUCGCCACCAACUCGCUGGGGCGGGCAGAGGGUACCCUCCGACUAUACGAGAUUAAGGUGUAUCCUGGCAUCUCACGAGGGUCACUCGGCAGCCAUGUAUCCAUACCUGGAGGCGUGGCGGAGGCAGCUCGGGACAAGGAUUCGUCUCGAGAUGAGGACAGCGCGGAGCAGUCGGCAGGCACCUCGGGAGCCGUCCAGGUGUCGGGGGCGGCAGCGGGGGCGUUGCUGCUGGCCGUGGCGGCGGCGGCAGUGGUGGUUCUCAGCUGACACGGCGGCCUCGGGGACGUCUAAUGUCCGCGGUGGGCAGCGUGCCAACUGGAACUCUCUGCUCCAGCGACUUUGCUCCGCUAUACGAGGAGGUCCAGGCGCUGGCAGCGGAAACACAGUGAAUCCCGAAACUGUACGUGCUUUGGUGGGCACGCUGAGAGACUCGAGCAAUUCCUUAGCACUUCGGCUUAUACCUAACCGACUAGACUCCAUUCUGCUGUUUUCUGUGUGGUGACGAGUAUUUGUGAGCGUUGUAAACUGUCUUUAAGUGAGAAAAUUGAGCCCUUACGCAAACAGGAACACGUUUCCUUAGGGAAGCUAAUUUUGACUCCGUUACCUAUUUGCAAUACAUCGAA